UGUAAGUUCCCCGCAAGGAAAGAGUUCUUUCCUCCACAAUCUGCAAACGCUGCUGGCGACAUCUUCUCCAUCCUCACUUCUCACUGUGAUAAGAUCGUCCCGAAGUCGCUCACAGGUCUAUUCCAAUGACGGCCAGCAACCUUGCGAACGAUGCUACUAAGUUGUCGACGCAGGAUCGUUUGCCAUCGGGCAAAGCUUGCCUCGGUUGCCGAAAAAGAAAGAAUCGAUGUACUGGAGAACGCCCAGUCUGCAGCUUCUGCCAAAAGCGGAAUCUAGACUGCCAUUAUGCUACAAUAUCACGAAGAAGCGUUGCUAAUCAAAGCUACAUUUGGUCACUGCAAGAAAAAAUUCGAAGACUUGAAAGAGAGACAAAGAAUUCACCGAGUGAACUGGUGCAGGACAUACCAAGUUCUCCUCCAAACACCAACCACAGCGAUGCACACAACAUGGAGCAAACUGAAAGCCCUACGGAUCAGAGGUCCUUGAAUGGUUGCUCUACAGCUGAUAAUUGUGCCUUUGAUGAGGUGGCAUUGGUUGACGACUCCUCUCCAAGUGUUCUGACUUACAAUGAGACUUCAGUCCACACUAUAGUCCGUGAUGUUGUACUGGGAUCCAAUGCCAGUCUGUCAGAGAAUAGCAGCACGCAAUCCCGCAAAGCCUCGUCUUCCCCUCACAAAAGAGUCAGACGGGAAACUGUUAUCCGACGUAGCAACGAGCUCGACUCCGACAAUUUCAUCCUACCACCGUUCGUACUCGCGAAGGAAUUGGUGGACAAUUUUUUCAUCCAUGUGUAUCCUUUGUAUCCUAUCCUCCACGAAUCGAGCUUUCGCAAAGAGUUCGCGGCUGCCUAUCGAGAUUCAACCCAGUUGACGACUGCUUGGCGAUCGAUUCUGAACCUGGUCUUCGCUUUCGGGUGCGACUAUGUCAAUAUGACGCUGCAGGAAGCAUUUGACCUGGCUCAGACGUUCCAUGACCGCGGUGCGGACCUUAUACUCUCUGUUUGCUUUGAGCAAAGUACCGUGCAGAUUGUGCAAGCUCUGUUUCUACUGACUGCUCAUCUACAGAGCGAUCUCAAAAUGAACAAAUGUUGGUUGAGUAUUGGUUGCCUAGUGCGGACCGCGCAAGGUCUCCGUAUGAACCAGGACCCUUCCAACUGGGACAUCACCCUGGUCGAUCAAGAGAUCAGGAAGCGCUUGUGGUGGGGGAUAUAUUGCCUGGACCGGUUUGUUAGUCUGAAGCAAGGACAAUCGCCAACGCUCUUGUCAGAAGACGCGCCUCCAGUAGGAGUGCCCUUGACGUCGUCCAGUGGCCUGUCAGAGGUGGACACUAGAAUGUUGCCAGAGCUGCUCGAGACACCUUCGCCGAUUUAUCUCUUCAAUGCCAUGGUACAGCUGUCACACAUGGCCGAAGCCAUUCCGAUUCCCGCGUUCGGAGGUUUCGAUGUGCUAUCAGAGAGGUACAUCGCUAGGCCUGACGGACAACUGGAACUUGAUGAGGUGCAACUGAGCCUUCAACUCGCUCAAGUCAACGAGCAAGAGGCGAAGCUUGCGGUGUGGAAGAGGAAUCUUCCCGACCAUUUGCGACACGAAAUCAUGUGUGCCGAUCGAGAGUCUAGACGUCAGUAUCUUAUGCUUCACCUGCGUUAUCUGCAUAUCCGACUCCUCAUCCAUCGGCAGAUGUUCUCAAUGGUAGUGAGACAAGGCAAUCGCAAGGUGAUCAUGCCUUCACCGGGCUAUUUGAGGUCAAUCAUCACUGCAAGCGUCCAGCAAUGCGCCGAGUGCGCCACACAAACAGUAACAAUCAUUACGAAUAAUGAAAAUGCACGAGCUAUCGGGCCGUGGUGGUAUAACAUCCAAUUGAUGUUUACGGCUCUAGGAACACUUCUUGCUGUCCAUGCUAGUGCCAACCUUUUUCCUGAUACAAACACUAUCGCUAUUGCGGCCUCGAUCAAUGAUGCGAGUAACUCAAUGAGUCAGUUAUCAGCCGUUAAUGGACUUAUGGCCUCUUGCUGCAAAUACUUUGAGUCGUUGAGGAGACGAAUGGUCAAGGUGAAGGUGGGAAAAGAGACGAGAUCUAGCGAAGAACUCAAUGUCGCUCAAUCCCCCAUGUAUGCUGCAGGUGACGCCGACCAGCAGGAUGAGCACCGGCAACAGGCUCCGCACCCCAACGGGACAACAAAUGCCUCCGUGAGCCCUGAAACAGAUGGUGCUGGUUCAUUGGACGAGGAUUGGACCAGGCUAUUUCUCGAACCACUGCUACCAGAUUUUACCAACGAUGUUUUCAACAUAUAGCACACGUUGGCAAGAAUAUU